AUUCCUUCAAUUGCCAUGUGUCGAGAAAGGAUGUCAUAACCGAACCCGGCUGUGAAGUGUCAGACACGUUUAUACGUAACUCUUAUCAAAUACCUGCUUUUUCAUCGCACACUAACGGAUACAACUCGCUAAAAACAGCGUGUAGAAGAUAGUGCUUGUAGUCCAAAAGUCCACAGUGAGUUGUUUGGGUGUCUCCAGGUGAAACUCGCCCACCGUUCAGAUGCUCUCCUCCGGCAGGACCGCGUCCUCCCGCCUCUGCUGGGCGCUGCCGAGGCUCCCUCUCCGUCCGAGCUCGGAGCAGAGAGCCGCCAGCACUCUCCGGACAGAGCUGAUAAAGAAACGUGACCUGGUGAAAGAUGAGCUCCGCCCCCUCUAUAUGGAUUUCCAGGCCACAACGCCGAUGGAUCCUCGGGUGCUGGACGCCAUGUUGCCCUACCAAGUGAAUUACUACGGCAACCCCCACUCCAGAACGCAUGCGUACGGCUGGGAGAGCGAGACCGCCAUGGAGACCGCACGGAAGCAGGUGGCUGAUUUGAUCGCGGCCGACCCCCGAGAGAUCAUCUUCACCAGCGGCGCCACAGAGUCCAACAACAUGGCUGUCAAGGGCGUGGCCAGGUUCUACAAAGCCAGCAAGCGACACGUGAUCACCUCGCAGACGGAACACAAAUGUGUCCUGGACUCCUGCCGCAUCCUGGAGGCCGAGGGCUUUCGCGUCACGUAUCUGCCGGUUGAGAAGAACGGACUGGUGGACCUGGAGCUGCUGGAGAAGUCCCUCACACCUGACACCUGUCUGGUGUCCAUCAUGACCGUCAACAACGAGAUCGGAGUCAUGCAGCCUGUCAAAGAGAUCGGUCACCUGUGUCGCUCCAAGGGCGUCUUCUUCCACACGGACGCUGCACAGGCUGUGGGGAAGAUUCCCAUCGACGUGUCCCAGUCCAAGAUAGACCUGAUGUCCAUCAGUGGUCACAAGAUCUAUGGACCUAAAGGCGUGGGGGCGCUUUACGUGCGGCGCCGACCCCGGGUGCGAAUGGAGCCCCUGCAGAAUGGCGGCGGCCAGGAGAGAGGGCUACGCUCGGGCACGGUCCCCACGCCGCUGACUGUCGGCUUGGGAGCCGCCUGUAGCAUCGCCCAGCAGGAGAUGGAGUACGACCAUCAAAGAGUGUCCAUGCUGGCUCACCACCUGGUCCAAAGAAUGAUGUCUGAGAUCCCUGAUGUCAUCUUGAACGGAGACCCAGACCAGCGCUACCCUGGCUGCGUCAACUUGUCCUUCGCCUACGUGGAGGGAGAGAGUCUGCUGAUGGCGUUAAAGGACGUGGCGCUGUCCUCCGGAAGUGCGUGUACCUCGGCCUCCUUGGAGCCGUCCUACGUGCUGAGAGCCAUCGGUGCAGAUGAAGACCUGGCCCACUCCUCCAUCAGGUUUGGGAUCGGUCGCUUCACCACGAAGGAGGAGGUGGACUACACUGCGGACAAAUGCAUCCAGCAGGUCGGGAGACUCCGAGAGAUGAGUCCUCUGUGGGAGAUGGUGCAGGAAGGCGUCGAUCUGAAGAGCAUCAAGUGGACGCAGCACUAGUCACCCCACUUCCUGUUUGUCUUUUCUCUCCUGACUUACUUAAACACGCACAAACAUCCUGUCACAUUACACUUUGAGGGAGAGAUAAGAAAAACUCUCCUUGUCGUUAUUAUCACCAUUUCAUUGACAACAACCCUUAAAUGAGUUGUGUUAGUCAGUGAUGACAAUAUUAUUUGUGUUGCUUUUUUAUAUGAAUGAGCUUUAGUUGUGCAGCCAUGCAGUCCUCUACUGGAGGUGGUGUGUGUGUGUGUGUGUGUGUGUGUGUGUGUGUGUGUGUGUGUGUGUGUGUGUGUGUGUGUGUGUGUGUGUGUGUGUGUGUGUGUGUGUGUGUGUGUGUGUGUGUGUGUGUGUGUGUGUGUGUGUGUGUGUGUGUGUGUGUGUGUGUGUGUGUGUGUGUGUGUGUGUGUGUGUGUGUGUGUGUGUGUGUGUGUGUGUCAGUAAUCAUGUCAGGGUGUGUGUGUCCAUGUCAGUAAUCAUGUCAGGGUGUGUGUGUCCAUGUCAGUAAUCAUGUCAGGGUGUGUGUGUCCAUG